CUAGAUGACAAAAUCAGUGUAAGUUAAGAUUGACCGUCGCCAUGUGCCAAGGGUAACAAGUUUCAAUAACUUGAUUCGGCCAUUCAAGCGAAUGGGAGUUAAUUGGACGAGAGUGUUGCAUGUGCACCGUACUCAGAUGGAUUGGGCAAAGUGGAUGUUCGCUUCAAGCGCCGCCCCGCCGUCCCUUCUUCGUCGUCGGCAGUCCUCCAGCGGCGGCAAUCCCCCCGCUCUCUCCGGUUCUCUUCUCUCCAAUGGCCGAAAGCGAGGUUACCUCCAACACCACUCCGGCAAAAACCCCUCAUCUUGCUUUUACGACGAUCUCAAACGUCAUGUUCCGGUUCUUCUCAGCCUCUCUCAACCGAACUACAAAAAGUGGAGUUGCCUUUUUCUCCUCUUGGUUCGCCGAUUCAAUCUCCAAGGCUACAUAUAUGGCUCCAUCGUCCCUCUCUCUGAAGACAAUGAUGAGUGGCUCCAACUUGACGCUCUCCUCCAGGGAUGGAUCUUGUCCACCAUCUCCGACGAAGUCUCAGAUCUGGUUAUCUCCUCUGUCUCCACCGCUUCUGCUCUUUGGAAAGUUAUUCAUGAUCUGUUUCACGGCAACAAGAAUGCUCGUGCCAUGCAACUAGAGCAUGAGUUCUGCACCACCGUCAAAGGCAACACCACUAUGGCGGCCUAUUGUCAGCAUCUGCAAAAUCUCACCGAUUGGCUGAACGAUGUUGUUGACCCGAUGUCCCAACAUCAACUGGUUCUUCAGAUGCUUCGUGGUCUCCCCGCAGAUUUGCUAGCCCAGACGUCUUUUCUUCAAUUUCAAGACCCGCUGCCCACUUUUCUCCAAGCCCGUUCCGCCCUUAUGUUAUUGGACCGACAACGCUCUCCCAUGGCCGAAGCGGGUGGCACGGCUCUCCUCGCCGGACGACCCGGUGGUAACGGUGGCGGUCGGCAGUCCUCUAGUGGCAGCUGCAGGGGCUCCCAGCACGGCGGCAGUGGCAGCGGCGGCUUCCAUGGCGGCGGGCUCCAACACGGCGGCAGUUACGGUGAGAGCGGCUCCUUCGGACAGCGCAACGGCUAUGUACGCGGCGGAUAUCACCCCACCACUAAAGGGAAUAAAUGCUAUGAACCCGUGUCUCAAAAAGUUUAUGUCUCUCGUCAUGUUCGGUUCGUCGAGGAUCAGUUUCCAUAUCCCAAAUUGUCAUCCCUCCCGUCACCCUCUCCUAUAACCCCUAUUUUUCCUCCAAGCCCAGGCUCACAUGCUCCUGUCCCACUGACGGUCCAACCCCAGACCCGUCCCACCAGUCACGGAUGACAGCCCGACACCCUCCCUAUGGACACGCCACAGACGGUCCAACCCCAGAACCGUACCCCAACCCACCCUCGACCGUCACCUACUCCUCCUUAAAACACACAACCGGUUAACCGACCCCCGCCCCAAAACACACACACCAUGCAAACCCGAGCCAAAUCUGGAAUUUUCAAACCUAAAGCCUAUACCAUUACCACCCUUGAUACUACCCCACCUACUACUGAGCCUAGCACUUACCGCCAAGCCUCUGGUAAUAGUUUUUGGUGUCAGGCUAUGGAUGAGGAGUUUAUUGCUUUGAAUGAGCAACGUACAUGGGACUUGGUUCCACCACCCAAGAACCGCACUCCGAUUGGUUGCAAAUGGGUGUAUCGCAUUAAACGGAAUGCUGAUGG